AUGGAUAAACUUCUGUCGUCGGAGUCGCUGCGUACAACAGCUCAUGAACCACAAACAACAUGGCACCGUGUACGUGACUCGUUCAAACGUGCCGAGUCUCCAACGAUUCCGGAGUCCACUCUGGCUCUUGAUAUAAAAAUUGAAGGCGCCGAAAAUAGUGACGGAAAUUUGAAUAAAUCGCUUAAAAAGCGUCAGUUACAAAUGAUCGCCCUUGGUGGGUGUGUGGGAAGUGGAUUGUUUAUAGGAUCAGGACCAGCACUUGCAACUGGUGGACCUGGAGCACUUCUCAUUGGAUGGGCUGUGGUGUCUAGUUUCUUGUAUUGUACCAUGCAAUCGUUAGCGGAACUUGCUGCUGUGUUCCCAGUGUCUGGGUCGUUUGCCACGUACUCCACCAGGUUCGUCGACCCUUCUUGGGGGUUUGCCAUAGGAUGGAACUAUGCACUUUUUUGGGUGAUUGUUCUUCCACUUGAAUUAGUGGCAUCUUCAAUGACGAUCCAGUUCUGGCAAUCCGAUAUAAAUACCGUGGUGUGGGUGGCAAUCUUCUACGUGUUCAUCUUGGGGCUCAAUUUGUGUGGAAAUAAAGGGUUUGGAGAGGCUGAAUUUGUGGCUUCUGUCAUCAAGGUGCUCGGGGUAGUGGGAUUCAAUAUUUUGGCAAUUGUGUUAAUCUGUGGAGGAGGAAAGUCGGGGUUUAUUGGAGCCAAGUACUGGUACCAUCCUGGUGCAUUUUCAGCCGGGUUCAAAGGUGUUGUUAGCGUUUUGGUUACUGCCGUCUACUCAUUGGCAGGAACAGAAUUGAUCGGUUUGACGGCAGCAGAAUCUUCCGGAGAUCCUUCGAUUGUUCUUCCAAAAGCUAUCAAACAGGUGUUUUGGAGAAUCAUGUUGUUCUACAUGGUUACUUUGACCAUGGUAGGAUUCUUGGUUCCUUAUGAUUCUAAAAAAUUGGUGGGCCAUGCCUCGUCCGAUGCUUCAGCUUCUCCAUUUGUCAUUGCUAUAAAUGCCGGUGGGAUCAAAGUUCUUCCUUCCAUAUUCAACGUGGUGGUUUUGGUGUCGUUGUUAGCGAUUGGCAACUCGUCCGUUUACGGAUUUUCAAGAACUAUACUUGCAUUGGCAGACCAAGGUUUGGCACCUUCGAUUUUUUCCUAUGUCGAUCGCGCAGGCAGACCUUUGGCAGGAAUAGCAUUAGCAGCAUUUGUGGGACUUCUUUCGUUCUGUGCUGCUUCUCCCAAACAGUCUGAGGUGUUUGCUUGGCUCAUGGCACUUUCUGGACUUUCCACCUUAUUCACUUGGUUCAGUGUUUGUCUUGCUCAUUUGAGAUUUAGAUGGGGAAUGCAGAGACAAGGCAGAGACCUUAUGGAACUUCCAUAUACUGCGUUGACAGGAUGGAUUGGAUCACUUUAUUCUUGUGUGUGCCUUGUGGUGGUGUUGUGCUUUCAGUUUUGGACGGCUCUCUUUCCUCUUGGAAAACAACCAGAUGCCAAAGUAUUCUUUGAAAAUUACUUGGGUGCGGUUGUAGUGUUGCUCUUUUUUGUGGGUCACAAAAUCUACUCCAGAAAAUUAAAUACUAUCGUGCCAUUGGACACCAUGGACCUUGACACUGGAAGACGCAAUAACGAUUUGGAGCUUGUCAAACAAGAAAAUUAUGAAAAAUUAGCCGCAUAUCGUGCUAUGCCUUGGUACAAAAAGGUGAUUAACUUUCUCGUAUGA